UCCGAGAGCUGGGUUAACGUAUAAAUAAGGAUCCGAUUCGAUCUUCCGCAGAUAGUUUCUCUCUUCUUUCGUGUAAAACCUCUAAUCGAUUGGAGUAAACGACGAAUCGACGAUGACGACGGAGAUCGAACCACAGUCACUGCAAAAUCUGAGUCUCAAAUCAGUAAAGCGAGCUCUUGAUCUUUUCUCCCCCGCUCAUGAUCAACUCGCUCCGCCUGAUCCAGAAAGCAAAAAAGUUCGUCUCUCUCAUAAGAUUCAAGUUGCGUUUGGAGGUGUAGAGCCAGUGAGUAAGAAGCCUAUACGUAGAGCUGAAUAUAAUAAUGAGCAGAUAGCUCCAUCCAAUGCCCUUCCAGCAGGUCAAGAAGGAGCCAAGGAAGUUCAAAAGGGCGUAAAAGAAAAAGCUUUAGCUGUUUUUGGUCCUACUUUACCGCCAAGAACCUUGAACGACAACACUGUUCUUCCUGCAUUUGGAUCCUCAUCUGAAAGAAACCUGUCGACUUCUGCUUUAAUGGAGAGAAUACCUAGUCGAUGGCCCCGUCCAGAGUGGCAUGCACCAUGGAAGUAUUACAGGGUGAUCCAGGGGGGGCACUUGGGCUGGGUUAGAUCUGUUGCAUUUGACUCAAGUAAUGAUUGGUUUUGCACUGGUUCUGCUGAUCGUACCAUUAAGGUAUGGGAUGUAGCGAGUGGAGUUCUGAAGCACACACUUACUGGACAUAUUGGGCAAGUACGAGGCCUCGCUGUAAGCAACCAACAUAGCUAUAUUUUCUCUGCUGGUGAUGACAAGCAAGUCAAAUGCUGGGACCUUGAGCAGAAUAAGGUAAUCCGAUCUUAUCAUGGUCACUUGAGUGGAGUCUAUUGCUUAGCUCUUCAGCCAACUCUGGACGUUGUACUAACCGGAGGGCGAGACUCUGUCUGCAGGGUGUGGGAUAUCCGUACGAAGGUGCAGACGUUUGCACUCUCGGGACACGACAAAGACGUUUGUUCCGUUUUCACCCGUCCAACCGACCCACAAGUUGUUACCGGUUCUCAUGAUUCGACCAUUAAAUUUUGGGACCUUCGAUAUGGUAGAACAAUGGCAACUCUAACGAAUCAUAAGAAAGCUGUCCGAGCAAUGGCGCUUCAUCCGAAAGAGAAUGCUUUUGUUUCUGCAUCGGCUGAUAACAUCAAGAAGUUUAGCCUUCCUAAGGGAGAGUUUCGCCACAACAUGCUUUCUCAGCAAAGAGCCACAAUCAACGCAGUGGCUGUGAAUGAGGAUGGUGUAAUGGUCACUGGAGGUGAUAAUGGAAGCUUGUGGUUCUGGGAUUGGAAGAGUGGUCACAGUUUCCAACAAGCAGAAACCAUUGUACAGCCUGGCUCGCUGGAGAGUGAAGCUGGUAUAUAUGCAGCGUGUUACGAUCAGACGGGUUCAAGGCUGGUAACGUGUGAGGCAGACAAGACCAUAAAGAUGUGGAAGGAAGACGAGAACGCAACUCCUGAAACCCAUCCUCUUAACUUCAGACCUCCCAAAGAGAUCAGACGCUUCUGAGGUCUCUCUCUCUCUCGCACACCUCUCUAGUUAUCGUCUCAAACUCAAGUCAGAGGAAUCACUAAUCUUACAAAUAUAAGAUUCUUUUACCAGUUUCUCCCCAAGAUAAAUUCAUGUUAAUUGUAGUUUUGCAAGAGUGUUGAAGCCAUUAUUGUGGACAAGGGCAUCUCAGUAUGAAGAUUUUCUCCAAUAAAUAUGAUAAACAUACCCCCAUGUUUAUGAAUUAUUAUGGGCAUCAUAUGAAAUUAAUGGUCAUAGAUGAGUCUAAAAUCA